UUAGUGGUAGAGCUCGGAAACUCUGUAAACGACCACGAUAGGCGGAGCCAAUGCGUACUUCAUCGAGUGAGGAGAUUGAGCAGUGGCGUAGCAAAAAACUAUUCUAUGAUCAAGAAGGGUUUGAGAUUCAUAAUUUGUAGUAGUUAAAAUUUCCUCUAUUCAAUAAUUGCAAGAUGAAAUAGUAAAAAUCAUAUCUAAUGCUAAUACACGUUGAUUUCCUAGAAAUACAAAGCAGAGAGGUCGAAUAAAUAAAAAUACACAAUGAGUAAAGAGUAAAAACGCGUUUAUUGCAAAAAAUGUUUCUACUGGUAUCUUUACUAUAACUGGUAAUAUUGAAAUGUUAAACUUUAAGACGAAUUCCCUACACAUGUAAGUACACGCCACGCCACUGUUUUCUGCCAACACCCCUAAUUUAAAGAUUGGACUCGUCCGAGACGAGUUUUCGUCUCUGCGCACUCCUACCACCGUGGACGAUCUGUCAUUUCGCGGACUCUAAAAAGUAUUGUUGGUUGCCUGCCGCCCAACCAUAACCUUAAACAUUAGACAAAACGAAUUUUUCCUUAAAUUACUGAAAUAAUGUGAUAAUAAUGUCCAUAAUCCCGGAAGAUGGAGAUCUGGAAGAAUACUUUCGUGAAUACUCUGAUAUGUACUAUGAAGAAACCGCCUUAGAUAUUUGGAACAAUUGUGUUGUACUCUCUAUUUUAAGUGUAGUCCCUUCCGUCCUCUCUUUAGUUGUACCAAAUUUAGUAUUUGGAUGUCUGGUGUCCACGGGUUUCAUCCCCUUGUCAGUAUUACAUUUCAGCACCGGUUGCAUUGGUAUUUAUUUAGUGUCAACGCUUGAAUCUCAUUUUGGGAAAAUUGUUUUAUUAUUUUGUUGGAUUAUUUCGUACGUUUUGCUCUAUACGGGCUUCCAAUUGAAAAAAUACUCUAAAAGCUCCAUAUCCCUAAAACUCACCUUUAUAAUCCUCUUAGUGCUAUGCGAAUAUUACUUGAUUGAGGCAGAAGUGUGGCUUCAAAUUCGCGGAAUCGUCAUGGUUUUGGUAAUGAAGGUUUUGUCGUUAGCUGACGAUAUAAACAAAUUAGACGCAAUGCCGGGCUUUAUUCAGUAUUUUGGGUACACGUUAUGUGGGGCCAAUGUCAUGUUUGGGCCCUGGAUUUCAUUUAGCGAUUACUUGAAUUUUUACAAGAAGCCUACGAAAAAGAAUCUCAUUUGGAUUUGUGCAAUUGUUAAAGUCCUCACCACGUCGUUGUUUUUUCUAACUUUGUCAAACUGUUGGAGCGGUUACAUCAUAUCAGAUGACGCGAAUCGAUGGCUGAUAGCAUACAAAGAAGCAUUUGCGUUCAGGACAAGUCAUUACUUUAUUAGUUAUUUGGCAGAAGUUGGAAUGAUCGCCGCUGGUUUCACGAACUCCUCAAAGCGCGAUUCUUUGAAUCAGUACAGAUUCGUCAUAACCGAGCCUCUGGAGAUCGAAUUCCCGUCAUCUCUGUCAAUAGUCGUCAAGAAAUGGAACCAACCGAUGCACGAUUUUCUCAAAAAAUAUGUUUAUUAUUCGUGGUUGGGUUUCGGGAAGUUUUACGCAAUUCUCGCAACCUUCCUAAUUUCUUCGUUACUCCACGGCCUUGAACUUAAAGUCUCCAUGGUUUUAGUCUCGAUUGGGGUAUUCUCGUAUUUACAAGUGGUGCCAAGGGACCGAAUUGCCGAAAUAUUUGAUUAUUGCGUGAGAGUCCGUCCUUGUAAAGACUGUAAACAUAAAUAUAAACGUGAUAAUAUUAGAGUUAGGAUUAUUUUACUCAUUUAUUCGCUCGCGACAGUAUUCCAUUUGGCUUAUUUAGGGGUCCUCAUGGACCCCUCAACCAACGAAAUCGGAAUCUACGAGAAAUGGCAGAAUCUCUACUUUAUUAGUCACAUCGUAAUGUUCUUCAAUGUAAUGGUCAUUUUGUGAAUAAAAAUAGCUAAAACCACA